UUACAUUGGUAUAUUGCACCUAAUAGUUUUUCAACCCACAGUACCCCCUCCUCCCUACUCUAGUUAGUAGUCUGCAGUGUCUGUUAUUUCCAUGUUUAGGUCCACAUGUACUCAAUAUUUAGCUCAGAUUUAUAAGUGAGAAUGUCAGAGGUGUUUAAAACAGAGCAACUCCAUCUUGAAUAGGUAGGGGCUAGGCAAAAUAAGGCUAAGACCUGGGCUGCAUUCCCAGUAAGUUAAGGCAUUCUUAGUCACAGGAUGAGAAAGCUCAGCACAAGAUACAGAUCAUAAAGACUUUGCUGAUAAAACAGGUUGCAGUGAAGAAGACAGCUAAAAUCCAUCAAAACCAAGAUUGCAAUGAGAGUGACCUCUGGUUGUCCUCCCUGCUAUGCUCCCACCAGCAUCAUGACAGUGUACAAAUGCCAUGGCAAUGUCAGGAAGUUAGCUUAUAUGGUCUAAAAAAGGGAGGUAUGAAUAAUUGCCCCUUGUUUAGUGUAUAAUCAACAACCACAAUAUGGGCAACCAGCUGCCCUCGGAGCUGAUCUGCGUAUGGAGUAGCCAUUCCUUAUUCCUUUACUUUCUUAAACUUCCUUUCACUUUAGGGACUUACCCUGAAUUCUUUCUUGCAUGAGAUCCAAGAAUCCUUUCUUGGGAUCUGGAUAAGGACCCCUUUCAGUAAGAAGAACAUGCUGUAUUUGGUUUUUUGUUCUGUUGUAAGCUAUUUUCGCAGGCUGAACCUUAUUCUGAAAACCGUAGAAAGCCACUGAAAGAUUUUAAAUAAGAAGAUGAUACAAUUAUACUUUGAUUUUGAAAAAUUCUGCUUUCCUAUGGAGAAAGGUUUGGAGAGAAACAAGGCGGAUGGCAGGAUAAGAUGAGGCAACUGCAAUAAUGGAGACAAGGCUGACAGUGAUUUGAAUUGAAGUUUGCCAAUAGGAAUGGAGGAUAGUGGUCUGAUUCAAAAAUCAACAAGACCUAGUGAUUGGAUGAAUGUUAAAGACAAGUCAGAGUCAAAGAACCAGGAAAGCCAGGUUUGGUGACAUCUUUAAAGAACAUGGAACAGCCAAAUAAGGAUUUCUGUCACUCUCCUAAGAAAUCUUCAAAUAGCUCAACCUACUCAACAUCAAGUUACUCUUCUUCAGGGAAGAGACAGAACCUCGCCUGUUUCCUCACAAACCCACACUGUGGCAGCCUCAUUAAUGCAGAUGGCCAUGGUGAAGUGUGGACAGAUUGGAAUAGUAUGUCCAAAUUUUUCCAGUAUGGAUGGAGAUGCACCACUAAUGAGAAUACCUAUUCAAACCGUACCCUGAUGGGCAACUGGAACCAGGAAAGAUAUGACCUGAGGAAUGUCGUGCAGCCCAAACCCUUGCCUUCUCAGGAUUUAAACGAGAGCCUCACUGGUUCCCAGGACAUCAACCUGAACUGGAUCCUCCUAGAUACAAAUGCACAGAAAAGUCAACUUACAUGAAUAGCUAUUCAAAGCCUCAAAUCGGGCAUCACUCAGGAUGUGUAUAAGAUCCUAAUAUUGGCUAGUUUCAGCAUCCAGGUUUCUAAGAAAUGAUAAGCUACUUCACUUUUCCAGAGUAAAAUGUAGGAGGGAGCACACUCAAAGCACAACUAAAAAUUUAGCUCACUGUAACAGUUUCACUCUGAAUAAAUAAAGCAAAAGACAACAGAAAAUGA